UAAAAAAAGCCUCUCUUUCUCUGCCUUUGUUUCUCAAAUCUCUGCCAAUUCUUAGCUGCCUCUUGAAUAGCAUCCAUCUCUUCUCCCUCUUGAUCUAGGGUUUCCAAUGGUUUCUCAGCUCCAAAUCGGAGUUUCUCGUUCACAUUUUUAUUGAAAUUAUUAAAAAUAAAAUUUUAAGCUUAAUUCUGUUUUUUUUUUUUUAAUUUAAAUUUUGGAAGCUGGCUUUCAUUUGAUCUGUACGGGAACGUUGUUUGAGGUGUGUUUGGUUAUGCGAAGAAAGGAAAAUGGAGGCAGUUGUUGUUGGAGAUUUAGCGUGUUUGGAUGCGGAGCUAUUGCAGCUCCAGGAGAUGUCUCCCUCAGCUCUCAAAUCCAAUCCUGAAUUCACUCAAAAGCUUUUCGAACAGUGGCUUUCGCUUCCCGAUGCUAACAAGCUGGUGACAUCGUUGGUUAAUGAUGCAAAGGCCGGUAAUCCCUUGAAUGUUCCUGGAAAUGCUUCCAGUGGAAGUACUGCCACAAGCAAUUCUUUACCUUCCAUGUUUCCUGCUGGCAGUGCUCCUCCCCUUUCACCGAGAAGUACAUCUGGUUCCCCUCGUAUAACAAAACAAAGGGCUGGUCCGUCAAACUUGGGUUCUUCACUGAAGGUAGUUAGUGAACCGGUGAAAGAGAUGAUACCUCAGUUUUACUUUAUAAAUGGACGUCCACCUCCAAAUGAAUUAAAAGAACAAUGCUUGUUUCAAAUCAAUCAGUUUUUCUAUGGCCACCCAGAUGGGCUGCAGCUGCAUGAAUUCAAACUAGUGACCAAGGAAAUCUGCAAGCUGCCAUCAUUUUUCUCCUCAUCACUUUUCAGAAAAAUUGAUGUUAAUAGCACUGGUUUGAUUACAAGAGAUGCAUUUAUUGAUUAUUGGGUCAAUGGCAAAAUGUUGACAAUGGAUAUGGCAACCCAAAUAUAUACAACAUUAAAGCAACCAGAUCUCAAAUACCUCUCCCAGGAUGACUUCAAACCAGUGCUCCAAGAACUAUUGGCAACUCAUCCAGGGUUGGAGUUCUUACAGAGUACACCUGAGUUUCAGGAAAGAUAUGCUGAAACUGUAAUAUACAGAAUAUAUUACUACAUGAACAGAUCCGGGAAUGGUCACCUCACUCUUAGGGAGUUGAAACGUGGAAACUUGAUUGAUGCCAUGCUACAUGCUGAUGAGGAAGAGGACAUCAACAAAGUUUUGAGGUACUUUUCAUAUGAACACUUUUAUGUAAUAUACUGCAAGUUUUGGGAGCUGGAUACAGAUCAUGAUUUCUUGAUUGACAAGGAGAACCUCAUCAGAUAUGGUAACCAUGCGCUUACCUACCGGAUUGUCAAUAGGAUAUUUUCUCAGGUUCCAAGAAAGUUUACUAGUAGUGUUGAAGGAAAGAUGGGGUAUGAAGAUUUUGUCUACUUUAUCCUAGCAGAGGAGGACAAGCCAUCUGAGCCUAGUCUUGAAUAUUGGUUCAAGUGUAUAGAUUUGGAUGCCAAUGGAGUUCUGACACGUAAUGAAAUGCAAUUCUUUUAUGAGGAGCAGUUGCAUCGAAUGGAAUGCAUGGCCCAGGAGCCUGUGCUCUUUGAGGACAUUUUAUGUCAGAUAAUUGACAUGAUUAAACCAGAGAAUGAUAGCUAUAUAACAUUGCGUGACCUGAAAGGUUCUAAACUUUCUGGAAGUGUUUUCAAUAUCCUUUUCAAUCUUAACAAAUUCAUGGCCUUUGAAACUCGAGAUCCAUUUCUCAUUCGUCAGGAGCGUGAGAACCCUACAUUGACAGAGUGGGAUCGGUUUGCACAUAGAGAAUAUAUUAGGCUUUCAAUGGAAGAAGAUGUUGAAGAUGCCUCUAAUGGAAGUGCAGAAGCUUGGGAUGAAUCACUUGAGGCUCCCUUCUAAGUUGAAUAGGGUGCUCAGAGAAGAGCUUUAGACACUUCUUCUAUGCUGGGAACCGGAAGGGAAUGUCAACUAAGAGAGUCAGGCCUUGAAUGGGUGGUGAAGAGACAUCGUAUCUCAUUGGGGAGAAAUUUUUGAGCUUGGCCUUGUGGGAUGUACAAAUGAUACACCAGGGAAGGAUUUUCAGGCCUAUGCAUGCAUGGUUUGACAGAACAUGAUGGAUCAUGGAAUUGGAGCCUAGCUUUAUCUGAGCAAUUUUCACAUUGGAUGAGUCUUUGCUAGGAGGUAAUAAUCGAAAUCCAGGUUUAAAGAAGCUAAGAACAUUUUAAUACCCUUUCCAUUCUCGAUUUCUAAGAUACAAUCGAAGUCUGUUUUUUACUCCCUGGGUAUGGUUGAGGUAGGGUUGGCAUGUUAACUCUCAAUUUAUGUAGCAAUUUUGGUUUGGAUCAUGGUCGUCUAGCAAGUAAUUUAAUUGUUUUCACCCCCUUUUUCCAUUUUCUUUUUCAAUUCUUACCAUUUAGUUGUGUUAUGAACAUAGAUUAAGUAAAUGGUGUAUUUAUCUGUGAAAUUCGAAAUUUCUCUUGUAGGUAUAUUUGAAUAAAGAGGUGGGAAGCCAUUUUUGAUGUUUUAACUAGAAUUAUUGAACUAAUUGCAUCCUGGAUGUGUCCACCAGAUGGGCUGCAGCUACUGUGCAUGUUGUUAACAGAUCUUUAAUGUAGGUGUAUGGCAUGGAUCGAUGAUUCGAUGUUGGAAAAUUUACUUAUAGUUUUAAGAUUGUAGUCACAUCUUCCCUUCUAGAUCUUAAACACCGGCAAUCCACUGGUUAAUUCUCCCAAGAUUAGCUAGGGAAAAGAUAAAACAUUUUGUCGUCAGGCAGAACACCUCGGACGAAUUUGUCUGGUGAAUCUUUUUCACAGCAUUUAGGAACUUAAUGCCACAAUGUACUCCUUUGUAGACUUCGAUAAUUUAAAUCACGAUUUAAUGUUACGGGACAAACACGAUUUAAAAAAAAAGACACAAAGA